GCCACAUUUGUUGGGUACAUACAUCACUGUCCUGUACAUCCAAACCGCCCAGAAAUAACUGGCACUCGUAUCCCAGAACAGCAGGUCCGUAUUCGCAAUCCUUGACUGUGAUCCUCUGCAAAAUAUGUAUAAUGUGCGGGUGAGAAUUGAUAAUUCGCUCCGAUGAGAUUGAUCGGCGGAGUUGCCCAAUUUGGCAACAGCGCUCAGUGGCCUUGCGAUAAGACGCCUUCCACGCCCUCCUACCAACGCUCGAGGGAAAACUGGUCCUUCGACCAUCAUUCACAGAGUUGCCAUGGCUCUCGAGAAACCUCCCGUCCUCCCCAUCGCAACGUCCGCAGAAAGAAGAUCAUGUUCACAUCGACAACCAUGCAUUCAACCAAACACAACAAUCGACCGUCAGAAAGGAGACAGAGUAGUCCGCCUCGCCACAAUCUGCCUCGCAAGCUUCGCAACGGGCCUCAGCGGCAUCCCCCUUCUUCUUGCAUUACCCGAGCCAUCUUCCACGGGAGGAUUAGAGUUAGACAACAGCCUCUCUUUCCACCGACUGGCACACACCGCCCUGCCAUUCAGUCUGGGCGCCAUCCUCGCGGCGGCCUUCAUUGACCCCAUCCUCCGACACUCCCGCGCCUGCCGCUCCUUUCCCCCCUUCCUCCUCGUCCCCGCCAACAUACUCAUCGGCACCGGCCACGCAGCGCUUCUCCUCCUCCUCCUCCUUCCCCCGAUGUUCCGUUUGCCCCGGGAUCUAUCCACGGCACUGACCGCCGCAGCACAUCUCCUCAUCGGCGCCGGAAGCACCGUCAACCUCACCACUGCCAUACUCCUCCUACCUCGCGGAUCAUCAUCAACACCCUCGCUGCUGGGCUUGAUCAACGGGGUGCUUGCCAUGGGAGUGGUCGUCACCCAGACAUUGUGCUGCUGCACCGGCAACAUGUCUCUCGACGAUGCGGGCACACCGCGGUGGCGGCACCACCUGGCUGCGCUGAUCCUGGCUUUGAGUUGUUCUUGUUAUUGUUGUUCUGCGCUCUUUUCCCUCGCUUCUCAAGCUAGCUCGGGCUCGGGUUGGGGGACAACACCUGCCGCUGGUGGUGGUUGUGAGGAAGCAGAAGCUGAAGCUGAAGCUCUCGAUGACGACGACAAGAAGAAGAAGAAGAUCCUUCCCCUCCAAGUGAACCGCGGACAGGGUGGGUUUCCGCCCCCGGCAAGCCGGCUCACACUCCUUGGAGCCGUCUUUACUUUCGCGUACCAAGCUGCUAUGGUGGUUGUCCCCGUCUGGCUGGUCUUGUUGAUCGGUGGUGGUGGGCCCGGCAGUUCCACAGGGCAGGUGCCGUUGGUUUAUGCACUGCUCACCUUUUGGGCGGGAAUUGGGGUCGGUUCAUUGGCCUUGAUUCCAUCGGUUGAACGGAGCAAGCAGUUGAUGUUUUCUGCAUUGGUACUCAGUACCGGGCUCUUGCUGCUGGUCUGGCUGUUUGUUGAUGUCUUCUGGAAUGCGGUGGCAGCGGCAGGUCUUGUUGGGUUCUUCAUGGGCCCCGCGUAUCCGUGGAUGGUGGCGCUGCUGAUCCGUGAGACGAGUGAUGAAGAACGGGCGGGCGGCACCGCUAUUGUUAUUGCAUUUGGAACGUCGGGGACGGUAACAGCUCUGUUCAUAACCCAGUUGGCUGACCAGCUGGAAUCUCCGGCCUUGUUACAUCUGGCCGUCGUGGGUCUCUUUGGAGGGAUGUUAAUGUCUUGGAACGCUAUGCUGGAUGCGAAGAAGAAACCUGAGCUGAUGGGACAGGGUCAAACAACUUGAGGAGCGACGCUGUCGCGAAGUCUGGCUCUGGCAGGGGCUGACCAGUCGUAUAUGAACGGGAAUGAUCCAAGUCCAUGUAUAUGUCUAUCGUCUAUGGUUCUCUAUCAUUCGAUUGAUCAAAAGCUCGUAUCCCACGAAUCUGCAUGAGAUUACCUAGCCAAUUUCACUUCCUGCCUAUGGCAGCUUGCUUGGCGGUCAGCUUGCCGCCCACAAUAUCUUUCACAGUGGCGAGGAUAUCGGAGAAGUCGUUGAAUGUGACAAACGGCACGUUCUCUUUCUCACAGUACGCAACAAGAUCUGAGUUCG